AUGGACGCCGACCAUCGAGCCGCGCAAUCCUCGUCUGCGCAGGAAUUGCGCGACAAUGCUACCACUACGGAGUAUACAAGUUACUCGACAUACCCCGACAACAAUGGAACCACCCACUAUACCUCGGGAUUUUCGAAUCAGCACCCGACGGAGCAAUCCAACUAUGCGGACAAUGCAAUCGCCGAAGAAUCCACCCAGCACGCCACGGAGGAAAUCAACAACGAGACCGCAGCCCCUAUCGACCCGGUCUCCACCACUUCCUCGACCGCAUCUUCCCAUGAUAGCAUCGAUGGCCGCUGGGGAGAGGAGGGCGAGCCCGUCUCCCGUCGCGGUGCGAUGGAGGACCUGGACGAGAUGCGCCGUGAAUUGACUCGUCUCAGCUUGCAGCGCACCCGCUCGACAACUGCUAAAAGCGUGCGCCGUUUCAAGUCUCGCGCCAGUCGCAAGGAUGAGGAGAAGGCCGAGUCCGAUGCCGAGGCCGAGGGUGGCUUCGAUCUCGGCGAGUUCCUGAUGGGCGGCCACCUCGAGCGCCGCACCACCGCCGGCGAGCCCGCGAAGAAGGUCGGUGUCGUCUUCAAGAACCUCACCGUGAAGGGGGUCGAGACUGGUGCCUCGUUCGUGCGGACUUUGCCCCAUGCCAUCGUGGGCACUUUCGGUCCGGAUUUGUAUAACGUCAUUUGCCGGUUCGUGCCGCAGUUACGGUUUGGCAAGAAGCCCCCCAUUCGCGAACUGCUUCAUGAUUUCAGCGGUACCGUGCGCGAGGGUGAGAUGAUGCUCGUCCUGGGCCGUCCCGGAGCGGGUUGUACGACCUUCCUGAAAGCUAUUGCCAACAACCGCGGCGCCUUUGCGGGAGUCGAGGGCGAGGUCAGCUAUGGCGGUCUCUCGGCGGAGGACCAGAGAAAGUACUUCCGUGGGGAAGUCAACUAUAACCCAGAGGAUGAUCAGCAUUUCCCGUCGCUUACUGUCUGGCAGACGCUUAAGUUCUCACUGAUCAACAAGACCCGCAAGCAUGACCGCGACAGCAUUCCCAUCAUCAUCGAUGCACUGCUCAAGAUGUUCGGCAUUAGCCACACCAAGAACACGUUGGUCGGCAACGAGUAUGUUCGUGGUGUGUCUGGUGGUGAGCGGAAGCGUGUCAGUAUCGCCGAGACCCUGGCCGCCAAGUCGACUGUCGUCUGCUGGGACAACUCCACCCGUGGUUUGGAUGCCAGCACGGCCCUGGACUACGCCAAGUCAUUGCGCAUCAUGACCGAUGUCAGCCAGCGAACCACCCUGGUGACCCUGUACCAGGCCGGAGAGAGUAUCUAUGAGCUCAUGGACAAGGUCUUGGUCAUCGACCAAGGUCGCAUGCUCUACCAGGGUCCCGCGAACGCAGCCCGCCAGUACUUCAUCAACCUCGGGUUUUACUGCCCCGAGCAGUCGACCACGGCCGACUUCCUGACUUCUCUUUGCGAUCCUAAUGCCCGCCAAUUCCAGCCGGGCCGUGAAGCUUCGACCCCCAAAACCGCCAAGGAGCUCGAGCAGGUCUUCAAGAAUAGCAAGUCUUACCAGUCCAUCUGGGAAGAUGUCUGCAGAUAUGAGAAGCUACUCCAGGAGACCGAGCAGGAAGACACCCGCACAUUCCAGAAGACCGUCGCCCAGUCUAAGAGUAAGACUGUUUCCAAGAAGUCGCCCUACACCGUCUCCCUUGUGCGACAGGUCAUGGCUUGCGUUAAGCGUGAGUUCUGGCUGCUCUGGGGCGACAAGACCUCGCUCUAUACCAAGUACUUCAUCAUCAUCUCCAACGGGCUGAUCGUUUCGUCUCUGUUCUACGGUGAAUCUAUGGAUACCAGCGGCGCCUUCUCUCGGGGCGGUGCUCUGUUCUUCUCGAUUCUGUUCCUGGGUUGGCUGCAGUUGACUGAGCUGAUGCCUGCUGUGACGGGACGAGGUAUCGUCGCCCGCCACAAGGAUUACGCUUUCUACCGCCCAUCUGCUGUCUCCAUUGCCCGCGUGGUUGUCGAUUUCCCUGCUAUUUUCGCCAUGGUUGUUCCGUUCACGAUUAUUGUGUACUUCAUGGCCGGCCUCGAUGUCACGGCCUCGAAGUUCUUUAUCUACUUCUUGUUCGUGUAUACGACUGCAUUCUGCAUUACCUCGCUUUACCGGAUGUUCGCCGCCCUCUCUCCAACUAUUGACGACGCGGUGAGAUUCGCCGGUAUUGCGCUCAAUCUUCUCAUUCUCUAUGUCGGCUACGUGAUUCCCAAACAGACUCUGGUUCACGACUCGAUUUGGUUCGGAUGGCUCUACUACGUCAACCCCAUCUCGUAUAGUUACGAGGCUGUGUUGACCAACGAGUUCUCUGACCGUACGAUGGAGUGUGCGACGUCGCAGCUCGUGCCCCGAGGCCCUGGCGCUGUUGCUGGAUAUCAGGGUUGUGCCUUGACUGGCUCUCCUCCGGGCCAGACAUCUGUUCCUGGCGCUCAGUAUCUGCAGACGAACUUUGAAUUCACUCGUCACCACAUGUGGCGCAACUUUGGUGUCGUCAUUGCUUUCACUGUGUUGUACAUCCUCGUUACUAUCUGGGCUGCCGAGUUCCUUUCGUUCGUUGGUGGUGGCGGUGGCUCCCUGGUCUUCAAGAAGUCCAAGCGCGCCAAACAGGUCACCCAGCAGACUGCGAAAAACAACGACGAGGAGAAGGUAUCCGAUUCGAGCGACAAUGCUGCUCUCACCCGUGGGGAAGCUUCCUCGUCUCCUGACAAUGCCGCUUUCAGCCGCCUUUCCUCCAGCGAGCGCUGCUUCACCUGGUCUGACGUCGAGUACACCGUCCCCUAUGGCAAUGGCACUCGCAAAAUUUUGAACCGGGUCAGCGGAUACGCCAAACCCGGGGUCAUGAUCGCUCUGAUGGGUGCCUCGGGUGCUGGCAAGACUACUCUGCUCAACACCCUCGCCCAGCGCCAGAAGGUGGGUGUCGUCAAGGGCGACAUGCUCGUCGAUGGCCACCCACUGGGCGCCGAUUUCCAGCGUGGUACUGGUUUCUGUGAACAGAUGGACCUCCACGACAACACCUCGACCAUCCGUGAAGCCUUGGAAUUCUCGGCUAUCCUUCGUCAGGACCGCAGCACCCCUCGCCAGGAGAAGAUCGACUAUGUCAACCGUAUCAUCGACCUUUUGGAACUUGAGGACAUCCAGGAUGCCAUCAUAGGUUCUCUGAACGUCGAACAGAAGAAGCGUGUCACCAUUGGUGUCGAGUUGGCCGCCAAGCCCAGUCUCCUUUUGUUCCUUGACGAGCCUACUUCCGGUCUCGACAGCCAAGCCGCUUUCUCGAUUGUUCGUUUCCUCAAGAAGCUUUCCCAGGCCGGCCAGGCCAUCGUUUGCACCAUUCACCAGCCCUCAUCUAUGCUCAUCCAACAAUUUGACAUGAUCCUCGCCCUCAACCCCGGCGGCAACACUUUCUAUUUCGGCCCCGUAGGCGAUGGCGGUAGCGCUGUGAUUAAGUACUUCGCCGACCGCGGCUUUGUCUGCCCGCCCUCCAAGAACGUCGCGGAGUUCAUCCUCGAAACCGCCGCAAAAGCCACUCAGCGCAACGGCAAGCAGGUCGACUGGAACGAGGAAUGGCGCAACUCCAACGAGAACAGGGAGAUGCUGGACGAGAUCGAACGCAUCAAGGCCGAGCGCAGCAAGAUCCCCGUCGACGAGGCCGGCGGCUCGAAGUACGAGUUCGCGGCCCCGACGUCCCUCCAGAUCACGCUUCUCACCAAGCGCCUCUUCCUCCAGUACUGGCGCGACCCCAGCUACUACUACGGCAAACUGUUUGUUAGCGUGAUCAUCGGUAUCUUCAACGGGUUCACCUUCUGGAUGCUGCCGACGACCGUGGCAUCUAUGCAGGAUCGCAUGUUCUCCGUCUUCCUGAUCAUCCUGAUCCCGCCCAUCACCAUGAACUCCAUCGUGCCCAAGUUCUACAUCAACCGCGCCCUGUGGGAAGCCCGCGAGUACCCCUCCCGCAUCUACGGCUGGGUCGCCUUCGCCACCGCCAAUGUUGUCUGCGAAAUCCCCGCUGCCAUCGUCACCGGUCUCAUCUACUGGCUGCUGUGGUACUACCCCGUUGGCUUCCCGACCGACUCGUCGACCGCCGGCUACGUCUUCCUCAUGUCCAUGCUGUUCUUCCUGUUCCAGGCAUCCUGGGGCCAGUGGAUCUGCGCAUUCGCGCCCUCUUUCACCGUGAUUUCGAACGUGCUGCCCUUCUUCUUCGUCAUGGUCAACCUGUUCAAUGGUAUCGUGCGCCCCUACGCCGCAUACCCGGUCUUCUGGAAGUACUGGAUGUACUACGUCAACCCAGUCACCUGGUGGCUGCGCGGCGUGCUCUCAGCCGUCCUCCCAGAUGUCCCGGUCCACUGCGCCUCCCAGGAGACGACCCGCUUCAACCCACCGCCGGGCCAGACCUGCGAGCAGUAUGCAGGUUCGUUUGUGGACCAGAUCGCCAAGGCUGGAUACCUGGUCAACAAGGCAGCUACUCAGGACUGCCAGUACUGCCCUUACGCGACGGGCCAGGAGUACAUGGCGAAUCUGAAUGUGCACCGCGGCGACAAGUGGCGCUGCUUCGGUAUUUUCUUGGCCUUUGUCAUUAUUAACUGGAUGCUGGUCUACUUCUUCAUCUACACUGUGCGCGUCCGUGGCUGGAGCUUCGGCUUCGGAUAUGUGUUUGGACUGGCUGGUAUGAUGGUUGAAGGUGUCAAGGGUCUGUUCAAGCGGAAGGAGAAGAAGGAUGCUCAGCAAUGA